AUGAAUUCAGUGAAUGGAGGGAGGCGAGGGCGGGGGAGCUGGGGACUAUGGGAGGCGAGGGCGGGGGAGCUGGGGACUAUGGGAGGCGAGGGCGGGGGAGCUGGGGACUAUGGGAGGCGAGGGCGGGGGAGCUGGGGACUAUGGGAGGCGAGGGCGGGGGAGCUGGGGACUAUGGGAGGCGAGGGCGGGGGAGCUGGGGACUAUGGGAGGCGAGGGCGGGGGAGCUGGGGACUAUGGGAGGCGAGGGCGGGGGAGCUGGGGACUAUGGGAGGCGAGGGCGGGGGAGCUGGGGACUAUGGGAGGCGAGGACGGGGGAGCUGGGGACUAUGGGAGGCGAGGGCGGGGGAGCUGGGGACUAUGGGAGGCGAGGGCGGGGGAGCUGGAGACUAUGGGAGGCGAGGGCGGGGGAGCUGGGGACUAUGGGAGGCGAGGGCGGGGGAGCUGGGGACUAUGGGAGGCGAGGGCGGGGGAGCUGGGGACUAUGGGAGGCGAGGGCGGGGGAGCUGGGGACUAUGGGAGGCGAGGGCGGUGGAGCUGGGGACUAUGGGAGGCGAGGACGGGGGAGCUGGGGACUAUGGGAGGCGAGGGCGGGGGAGCUGGGGACUAUGGGAGGCGAGGGCGGGGGAGCUGGAGACUAUGGGAGGCGAGGGCGGGGAGCUGGGGACUAUGGGAGGCGAGGGCGGGGGAGCUGGGGACUAUGGGAGGCGAGGGCGGGGGCUGGGGACUAUGGUAGGUGAGGGCGGGGGAGCUGGGGACUAUGGGAGGCGAGGGCGGGGGAGCUGGGGACUAUGGGAGGCGAGGGCGGGGGAGCUGGGGACUAUGGGAGGCGAGGGCGGGGGAGCUGGGGACUCUGGGAGGCGAGGGCGGGGGAGCUGGGGACUAUGGGAGGCGAGGGCGGGGGAGCUGGGGACUAUGGGAGGCGGGGACGGGGGAGCUGGGGACUAUGGGAGGCGAGGGCGGGGGAGCUGGGGACUAUGGGAGGCGAGGGCGGGGGAGCUGGGGACUAUGGGAGGCGAGGGCGGGGGAGCUGGGGACUAUGGGAGGCGAGGCGGGGGAGCUGGGGACUAUGGGAGGCGAGGGCGGGGAGCUGGAGACUAUGGGAGGCGAGGGCGGGGGCUGGGGACUAUGGUAGGCGAGGGCGGGGCAGCUGGGGACUAUGGGAGGCGAGGGCGGGGGAGCUGGGGACUAUGGGAGGCGAGGGCGGGGAGCUGGGGACUAUGGGAGGCGAGGGCGGGGGAGCUGGGGACUAUGGGAGGCGAGGGCGGGGGAGCUGGAGACUAUGGGAGGCGAGGGCGGGGGAGCUGGGGACUAUGGGAGGCGAGGGCGGGGGAGCUGGGGACUAUGGGAGGCGAGGGCGGGGGGAGCUGGGGACUAUGGGAGGCGAGGGCGGGGAGCUGGGGACUAUGGGAGGCGGGCGGGGGAGCUGGAGACUAUGGGAGGCGAGGGCGGGGGCUGGGGACUAUGGUAGGCGAGGCGCGGCAGCUGGGGACUAUGGGAGGCGAGGGCGGGGGAGCUGGGGACUAUGGGAGCGAGGGCGGGGGAGCUGGGGACUAUGGGAGGCGAGGGCGGGGGAGCUGGGGACUAUGGGAGGCGAGGGAGGGGGACGAGGGCGGGGGAGCUGGGGACUAUGGGACGCGAGGGCGGGGGAGCUGGGGACUAUGUGGGGAACAGUGGCUUAUGUUAACAUAG